AACAUAUCUUUUCCUUUGGUGAUCCCUGCGCUCUUUGAGAGAAGUUCAAGAGAAACACGCGUGUUUUGCGCGCUGAAAGUUUCCAGCAAAGAAAAGUAUUCUUUUGACUUAUUGAAAACCUGAGUGAAAUAAUGUUCGAAAUGAAAAUGUACUUCCAAAAUUUGUUGAAAAACUUUUUAAUUUUUUUGUGUACUUUAAAAUAAUGCUGAGUUGCGGUCAAGAAGGGAACCAAUGCAUGAGCUUCAAUACAUAAAUCUUUUAGAUUAUUUGCUAUAAAUAUGUACAAAAUCGCUUUAAAGAAAUUUGCUACAUUAUUGCCUUUAAAUAUAUGGUUUUAUAAAUUUAUUAAUGACAGAUGUUAAUUUCAAAUGCUAUGAGUUUACACUUCAUGAACUGAAAAGUAUUUUUUGAAGUGAUAUUUGUUACUAAAAAUUUUUUAGUAAUUUAAAUAACAAGAAAUGUGUAUCUAAAUUUGAAUUGAGCAUCAAACGUCUGCUGAACUUUAUAUCUUUAGCAACACUGAGCUUCUGUUAAACUAAUGCAUAUACAUUAAACAUGAAAUUGACAAUUAGCUGUGCAACCAGGAAACAUUAUACUUUUCUUGAGAAAGUUUUACUCAUUUCAGCCGUAUUGGUUUUUAUCUCUUUGAGCAAUGUUCCAGCUUCAUUGUACCAGAUGGAGCUCGAUUCUCGUCAUUUGAGUACUAGGGUGGUACACACUAGAUAUGGAACGUUGCGUGGGUUCAUCAGCACCUUGUCGAAUCGCCAACUGCAGCCUGUGGAGGUGUUUCUAGGUGUACCAUAUGCGGGAGCCCCUAUAGGGCCCUUACGUUUCAUGCCACCCGUGACAUCUACUCAUUGGAAAGGGGUCAGACUGGCGGACAGUCAUAGUCAUGUGUGCCCCCAGAAAUUGCCGGAUAUUAAAAAUGAGACAGAGGCUUUAAAGAAAAUGCCUUUCGGGAGGUAUAGGUACCUGCAAAAACUCUUACCGCAGCUUGUGAACCAAAGUGAAGACUGUUUGUAUCUCAACAUCUACGCACCUGCAGUCGCGUUCUCCUUCGCUUAUGCUUUCCUGUUGGCAAGACACUGCUGUUCCACGCUGCUGCUGUUUUGUCAAAGAUGACGUCGUACUGUAAAAUGGAACUUAUUGUAUUCAAUUAUAAUAAAGGAAUAUAUUGUCUGCAAAAGAAUGAUUUGAUAUGCCUAAAAAAUAAAAAUUGUGAUUUUUCAAGCUCAGUUGUGCUAAAUGCGUCAUCAUGUUUUUCCACGCAAUCUUUACCAUCAGCCACUACGGUCUUCUCAGCUAUGACGCAAUAUCGAAAGCUAUUAAAAGUUCCAGUGCAUUUCAUCUAUGCAUUUUAAAACAUUACAUAUACAUAUGUGUGUAUAUAUAUAUUUAUUUAUUAAAGGAAUAUUGAUUAUGUUAUCUCCUAAUAUACAUUUAGUAAAAGUAUCAACAAAGAGGAAAAACUUGUUUUCGAACUAAGUGAAUUUUAGAUCAUUCAACACAAACAUAUUCCACGCAUAUAUACAUUUCACAUUUAGCAUGAUCAGUUGCAAUAAAAAAAAAACAGAAAUACACAACUAGAUGUUAUAGUGUGUCAUAUACAAAAUUUCAAAGUUCUACUGAGUUAUGUGAGAUAUUCGCUAUUAUGCGAGCGAAAAAAAAUUCUUCAGGAUACGAUUUAGGAAUAAUCAUGCAGAACUCUUGAAUUAUCGCCGGCAUUAACGCGGAUGAAGAGAGUUAUACUGUUAUUUUGAUCAGAUAAUUCAACAGCCCAAUCCACAAAUUCACGAAUUCUUUGACACACUUAAGUU